AUGAGCGAUAUUGAUAACCCAGAAAUAGUUAAUGAAUCUUCACAGGAUGAAGUAAACGUCUUCUCUGUGCCACCGUUCUCAUAUUACGUACUACCUAGUAGGGGUACAGAUAACGAAGAGAGAAUUCCUUCUGAUGACGCCGAUAACUCUGGUAAAAGUCCUCAUUUCUCAAAGGAGGAUGAAAAUGAUGAAACAUACCAACCACUUAAAGUAAUGAAGGCAUCACCACCCCAAUAUCUUGGUCGUCGUCUUGAACAGCAGCGUUACGCUGGUUUUACAAAUAAGUCGUAUCGUAUUCCUUUGUGGGAUCAGUCUUGUCUUAAAUAUAUCUUUGGAGAUACAUUUGAAGGGACUAUUGAAUUAGAAGAGCUGUUUUCUAUUGGAAAAAUGAUUAUUAUGAUGGCUGUUAACUGUAUUACUGUGGCUAUCAACGUUUUUCAUGACACCAGUUCUAAAAAAAGCCUUUUAUGGAUUGUGAUGACGGCUAAAGUUGUUUUCUGUAUUGAGUUUGCAAUAGUCUACUUUUUUGUUUUCUUUCUUUUAUGUGUAAUUGUGGAGGCAGUUGCACGUGAUAAUGUGGGGACUAGUCUUGCUGUAGAUAUUGCUGCUCUGACGAACAGAAUAUCUACUUUUUCUGCUUUACGUUUUAUUUCUAUGGCAUCUCCAGCGUUUGUGAUAGAAACUACUCUUCGAAUUAUUCAAAACUCCUUCACUAAAAGGGAUUAUCUAAAGUUAUUAUUAUUUUCAGUCGUGUGGUUAGCAACAUGCCUUUUUGCAGGAGCUGCUGUCGUGAUGAAAGUUACUCAAAUUGAUUUUACAAGUACUAAAAAUAUUAAUGAUUGGAGCCUUACAGAAUAUAUUCAACUUGUUGGUCUUAUUAUGAACUUGGCUCGAGUAGAUGAUUCUUACAUGACGGAAACUUGUGUUCUUCUUGAUGGUGUUAAUCGACAUUUUUGUCCUCCAGGAAAACCAAGGGAUAGAUUAGGUCGAUCAGAAUGUUUAUAUACCCGUUUUUGUUAUUUUUUUGGUAUUGCACGUUAUGCCAAGUAUGAAUACUUUGAUGUUAUUUUUGAUUAUCAUUUUGAUUUUGAUUCACGACGGAAAAAAAUGACGAUGCGUGUGAAAAUACGAAAAAUGCUUAAUUAUUUGGCUUUUAUACUUCGAAUGGAUAAUUCUGUACUACGACGUUUUUUGCAAAUGACACGUUCCUCAUUACCUUUUUAUGAGAAGGGACGUAAUGCCUUUAUGGUUUCCUUUAGAGAAGAUGAUAUUGUAGGGAUGGAUAUUGCUUUAUGGCGUAGUGAUCCACUUUCAGAACCAACACAAUUAUUUGGAAGAAAACGUAGGAAUGAAUUUAAUAUUACCUACGAGUGUGAAGACUGUCGCGAGAUUUGGGAUUCACAAAAUCUUGGUCGCAUUGAUACCCACUCGGCAUCAGAGAAAGAGUUUCGUAAGGCUAUAUUUGCUCCUUGUGUGAACCCUUCAUGGUGA